AUGGCUUCAUCUAUGCCUACUGUACCUUCGUGUACAGGAGCUCCAGCCACGGGAACCACGCCUACUGUGUCACCAGAAGAAACCAAUUUCCUGAGAUUUGUUAAUCUGAUUCUGAAGAGAGCACCAAAGGCCCUAAGAGUCCAUUUUGAUACAGUUCAUCCUCCAAAUAACCUUGUUACUGACCUAGCGACCCAGAGACCUACACUGUUAAGCUUAAAGGCCAGAAAAGUAAUAAAUCAGGUUCAGUGGGACACACUUUUUGGAGUUCCCAACCCUUUGUCAAGGGAUUUUGAUGCUACCCUUUUAAUUUGCCUUUUACGAAACAUGAGUCCAUCUACACAAGCACCAAGAAACGGUUUUGAUAAUCUGCCCAAUCAACAAGAAGUUAGUGAUGGGGCUGACAUAGCAAGAAUAAAGUUUUACAGAAACAGGGUGGCGCAUUCAACAGAUGCAAGGAUGAACACAAGUGAAUUUAAUGCUAGCUGGACAGAUGUAGAGGGGGCUAUCGGAAGACUUGGAGGUUCUGCUUUACUGAAUGAAGCUAAAGCUUUAAGAUUUUCUCCAAUUGAUGAGUCUGAAAGAGAGCUCGUUUUGGAGCUUUUUCUGAAAAUUAAACAACUGAUGAUGGAGCAGUCAGAAACUAUCCCAUGGAAUAUUAGAGAAUUAAUUAAAGAAAAACUGAAGUCAUGGGAAGAAGAAGAUAAAGUAUUCGUAGAAAUAAAUGCAUCCGUAACUGUUGAAAACUUUAUCAAAGAACAUCCAUGUGUUGUGGUGGUUGGUCAUCCAGGAUCAGGAAAAUCAGCAAUAAUUCAUCACAUUGCCCUAAAAAUGGGAAAACAGGGAUUUUCUAUCAUACCCAUCAACCGUCCUGAAGAAAUUAUGACGUUUCACGACAGACGAAAUCAACAAGUCUUUGUCGUUGAUGACCCAUGUGGGGAAUAUUCAGUUAAUGAUCAAGCUAACGAAUGGGCAAGGUAUUCUGAAGACAUAAUGAAAUGUUUGAAUUUUAAGCAAAACAAGGAUCAAGUUCAGUCAAAACUACUUGUUUCAUGUCGUUUAGUAAUAAGCUCAACCCGUGCAAUUAGAAGAAUUAAGGUAUUUUCCAAUACCUUAUUUAGCUUGGAAAAACAAGAGAAUCAUUUAACUUUUAUUGAGAGAAAGCUGAUCUUGGAAUCUCACUUAAAAUGUGAGCUGCAUUUCCAUAAGGGGAUAUUCGAAAAGCAUAUUGAUUGUUUUCCGCUUCUUUGUAAGCUAUACGUUAAUAUAUGGGCUGACCCAAAGCGUUGGAUUUCUUUUUUUGACAACCCAUUCAGUGAACUCGUGUCUAUGCUUGAUUUGUUGGUGGACGACCCAAAACCAGAAAGCAUUUACGAAUAUUGUUCUCUAGUUUGUUGUUCUCUUGCUGAAGAUAAACUUAAUUUGUAUUUAUCAAACGCAGGCCAAAAUGAAGUAUUUGAAUAUCUUCAUCAAAUGAACGAAGACUAUGAAUGUCUUUAUGAAAUUCAUGAAGAAUGUAAAAUUGAUCUUAAUCCAUCAGAAUUACUUUCAGCGCUCAAACGACAAAGCGGAAAGUAUGUAAAACAUGUUGGUUCAACAUUUUCUUUAACACAUUCUAAGCUGUUGGAUAUCAUUGUAUGGCACUUUGGAAAACAAUCACCAGAAACCCUAAUACGAUUCUCAUCUUUGGAAAUAUUUCAAAAUAGAUUAAGACCCCUUGGAAGAUUAAGAGAUGACGACAAUGGAGAUUUGUUUUUUGUAGAAUUGGACGAAAAUAUGCUGCCUUUUUACACUAAAAGAAUACAGAAAGAUAUCAGCCAAGGACUGGUUAGUGAUACUUUCAAGAAUCCUUGCAUGCCAAAUGCUAAAAUUGAAAUAUGUUUAUAUGACCUGUUAGUAGAUGAACAUGUAUUGGAGGAAACGCUUUUGAAAACAAGCAACAAUUUGCCAUCGAAUUACAUAAAAGCAUAUAACUCUUUCUCCAAGGAAGAUUUGUUGGGAAAUAGUAGAGUUACAUUUCUUCAUUUGACAAUUAUAUACAACUGGGCAGCUUUUGUUGAUAAGCUUUUCGAGUCAGAAAAUGAAGUUUUGUUCAAAACAAUGUUUGAACAACGAGCAAGCACACUUCAUUUAGCAAUCUUAAGUGAAAAUAUUCAGAUUUUGAAAAGAUGUUUUCAAUAUUAUAGUGAGGUCUUUUGUAGUCUUGGUGAAUUUAUUGAUUUUGGAAUGGAGAACGAUGAUAACUGUUUGUUUUGUGAAACAAACCUGAAAAUCUCGAGCCAUGAUGUGUACUGUCCAGUGGUACAAGUUCCCAUUCCUCUACUUGUUUGUAUUACUGGAAAUCUAGAAAUAUUGGAAUAUCUCAUCCAAAUCAAAGUUUGCUCACAAAAUGACUUCCUUUCCAAUUAUCAACUAUUUGACGAAACAGUUUCCCCAUUGCUGGUGGCUAGUUUAUAUGGCCAUUGCAGUUUAGUUUGUUAUUUACUUCAACUUGGGGCAUCUGUCAACUAUCAGAAUCAAGAUGGCAUUUCACCUCUUCAUGCAGCUUGUCAAAGUAGGCAGUUAGAAGUGAUAAAGAUAUUAAUUUCCAAUGAGGCUAGAGUUAAUUUAAGAGAUGAAGAUGGAGAAACACCUCUUUCCCUCUCAUGCACAAAUGAUUUCGUUGAAAUUGUUGCACAACUUUUGUGUAAUGGAGCAGAAAUAAAUUUGCAAGAUUCUCAAGGACUGACACCAUUACAUAAGUCUAUAAUGGAAGGGCACGUUAGAACUGUCCAAUUCCUCAUUGAAAGUGAAUGUGAUAUCAAUAUAAUUUCUAACACAGGCGAUACCCCCUUAUCUCUAGCUUGUCUUAAUGGAGAUUGUGAUAUCCUAAAAUUGUUAAUUAAGAAAGGAAUAAACAGCCACCAAUUACAGGAUGGAAUGCAAAAAGCUUGCAUCAAAGGAAAUAAAGAUAUUAUUUCUAUACUUUUAGAAUAUGGAGCGGAGAUAAAUGCGAAAAGUAUGCGAGGUUUUUCAGCUCUUCAUAUCAGUUGUGCAAACGAUAAUUCAGAUCUUGUUGCUUACCUUUUCUCAAACGGAGCACUUGCAAAUAUUUCGUCAGACAAUAAACAAACACCUCUACAUUUUGCAGCAAAGAAUUUGUCCGAUAACUGUUUAUCUAUUCUUUUAAAAAACGGGGCAGAUAUUAAUGUAAUUGAUGACAAAGGAAGGACAGCUUUCCAUUAUGCAUUAGAGGCAACUUGUUCUGAAAAAAAUCAUCAAUCUGAUCAAAUUGUUUUAAAAAAACUUAAAAGAAUAACAGAUAUUUUUAUUGAAAAUAAAAUGGAUCUAAAAACAACUGACCUUAAUGGCCGUUCACUCUUACACAUAGCCUGUUCAGGGUUUUUUCCGGAAAUAGUUCAGACACUCAUACAUAAUCAACUAAAUAUAAAUGCGUUCGACAAGGAAAAAUGCACGCCUUUGCAUAUAGCUUGCUUUGCUUGUCGUUUACUUCCAGUACAAUUGUUUACAGAGAAUGAAGGAAACAUCAAUGCUACAAAUGUACGUGGUUCCAGUCCCCAGCAUUUAGCUUGUUUACGCGGAAAUUUCAAGAUAGUGUCAACACUGGUAGCAUAUGGCGCAAAGGUUAAUAUUUCAGACAAGGCAGGAUCUACUCCAUUACAUAUUGCAAUAGAGUAUUCACACCGAGAUGUUAUUUUCUUCCUAAUAUCUCAAGGGGCAAAUAUUAAUGCAAGUGAUGACUACGGUUUUACACCAUUGAUAUUGUGCUGUCAACAUAAUAAUAAGGAUGUUGUUGAGGAACUGUUGAAGUCAGGGGCUGACAUCAAUAUGGAAUCAAACAGAGGAAUAAAUACCUUGACAAUGGCAAUUACAUUCCAACGCUACGAUAUUUGUGAUUUGCUGUAUGAAAAAGGUGCAUAUUUACACGAAAAGAAUUACAGACAUUUGUUGCAAUUAAUUGUGAGUGAAAAUGACAUUUGUAAGAUUCUGGACAAAUACAGAAGUACAAUUGCUAAGUUCAGAAAUAAAGAGGGUCAGUCACUUCUUCAUCUAGCAACAAUAGACAACAAUGUAUGUUGGGUCAGCAGUCUUCUUAGUAGAACAGAGUUAAUCAACGCAGUGGACAACAAAGGACAAAGUGCCUUUGUAUACGCGAUAUAUCACGAGUUUAAAAGCAUUGUAAAAUUGUUUCUAGAAAGAUGCACAUCUGGAGAUGCUAUAUCUGCAGAACUACAAAAUGCACUUUUUAACUUUCAUAUUUUUUUUGAAACUUUGUUCAGAAUUGGUCGCAUACAAUUUGGUGAACUCGAAAUAGUGUUUGAUAUUGAGAAUCAUGAUACUGUACGAACGUUUAUGAGAUAUAAUGCUAAGAAGUGUAAUUUAAAGGAUCUUGAAAAUACAUAUGGUUCACGUGUAUGUCAUAAAAUUAUUACAGGAGCUUUAAAGCAGGGCAGGUAUUUUGAUCUCUACAAUAUAAUUCUUGCAAAACUUCCUGAUGAAAUAUGGAAUCUUCAUAAAAGUAAAAUACCUUGUCUCUGUCCAGAACUUGGUAAAACGAGUCGUCGAAACUGGAUAAAACAAGAGGAGAUUUUACGCAAAUCUUUUCGAAAUUCAGAUUUAGAUUCAAACUUCUUCGAACUUGAGGUUUGGCCACUUUUAUUUUUAGGAGAAGAAAUCUUACAAAUAAUGAAACAACUUAUGAAAAGCAAAAGAAAAGGAAUGGAUUUCUUCUCAAACACAGAUGCCAUUGGAAAUACCUUAAUGCAUUAUGUGCUCUUAGCAUCGCCUAGUAUUGAUAUGUUCGAUUUAUUUAUUCGAGACAUUCAAUAUACUAUUUUUGUAAAAGAGUUUUUAAAUCGUCAAAACUUAGCAGGUUGUACACCCCUUUAUUAUGCAUUAUGUAGUCCUUUCAACAUUUCAACACUAAUAGAAUGGGGUGCAGAUAUUGAUAUAAAGGACACAACUGGUCGGGAUGUUCUACAUUAUGCUAAAGCUUGUGAUUUAAAGGACACAAUAGAAAUCCUGGAACGUCAUCUUACCACCAGAUCUAAACCAUAA